AUGAUCAUUAAGAAUAAGCAAAUAAGGAAGUCAAUAAACGAAUUCAUGAAAAAUACUACUCGAAAUAACAGCAACUUUGCACCAAACAGUAAGUACAAUAUAUAUAGUUACGGGAAAGGAAAAAACGCGUUUUACUCCUUGGAAAGAAUUAACGAUAGCAGUGGAGAUAAACAGGGUGGAGAAGAAAAUAAAAGAAAGCUAAAUAGAAUACCAGAAAUUAUAAAUAUAAAAAAGCAAAAAUUUGUGAUAGGUUCGUCCAACAGAAAGUGCGACCUAGUUUUGAGAGGAAACAUCGAAGGAGAACAAUGCGAGUUGGUGUGCAAAUGUGUGGAGAAAAAUAUCAACCAUUGUAGUGACAUAAACAGACAAAUUAAUAAAUACAACUUAUUUAUUAUUAACAAAUCCAGAAGUAACUCGACCCUACUGAACAACUCAGUGGUGGAUAUUGACCAAGUCAAAGAUGAAGAUAGCCUUUUUUUGGGUAUCGAAAACAUGGAGAAAAGGACAAACGCAAAAUAUAUCUACAAAAUUAAGUAUAACAAAAUGGCCAAUAUUUUUAACAUAAACAAUUUGUGUACGUACAGUAAAGACAACUGUAUACACAGAACGUUAAUUACAAACGCGGAAAAUGGAAAAGCUAGCAAAAUUGUAUCAACUAAUUUUUCACUAAGCAAUCAAAAUGAGGAACAGGAAUCGAAUAUAUCCAUUUUGAUAUUUUUAAUUAUUAAGAGGACCUCCUUACCAAACGAACCCGUACAUUACAUGGAUAAUUUAAACUCCUUUGCCAACCUUAACAGCACACCGAGGAAAAUUACUGUGGAGGAUAAUACCAUGAUAAGUAAAACAUCCACGUCAGUUAACAAAAUGAUCAAAGAGGAUUCACCAAAUACCCAAUUUAAUGAAAGCAUUAAAAAGAUUAACAAAAUUUGCCAAAGCAGGAUUUCCCCUUUGUGCAUAAAGGACUCCAUUAAGAAGGAAGAAAAAGUAAAGGGCACGUUAAAAAGCGUCAACCAUACGAAGGAACUUCCAGUGACACUGCUCAACGCGUGUGUUGAAUUGUGCAAGGAGAUAAAUAAAAGGGGUGACACCGACCAAGCAGCUGGCAACACCCCCCAAAACGAUGACACCGCCCAAGCAGCUGGCAACACCUCCAAAUACGAUGACACCGCCCAAGCAGCUGGCAACACCCCCCAAAACGAUGACACCGCCCAAGCAGCUGGCAACACCAAGGAAGAUGACACCUCCGAAAAGCAGAAGAAAGGACCACACAUGAACAAUUUGUACAACAUUUUUCACUCCAGCUUUGCCACUCCUCGGCAUGGGGGAAGCUCCACGGGGGAGACCACCAACCGGAUUGCCGACUCCAACAGCGUAGCAUCAGUGGUGAGGGAAAGAGUUAGCACCUCUGGAGAUCGCGUUAACGGACUGCAGUGUCAGGGACCCCCAAUUAGCAGGGAUUCCAAAAGUUUAAACCAGCCCAACAUCAGCAAAGAGGCCCAUUUGCACGGCAACUCACAACAGUACACUUCGGAUAAAAGCAAAUAUAAUUUGCACAAAUCGGAAGGGGAGAUUUUUCUGCAAGGUAACACAAACAGAGAAGAGCCCUCUGAGAAAGAGGGCAAAAAUGGCGAAACGGAUUAUGCUAACCGAAACUGCAACGGGGAUGGUCGUGUCCUUUGCCCACCACCCAUCGACGGACACGCACGGGUCUACUGCGAGGACGUAGACGUGAUGCAGGCAGAACAAAUUGGGGAGGAAGUCCACGAAGAAGAAUUGGAUAACUCAGAAAAUAACCACUUAUUGGUAACCCCGGGAAAAGGAGCCCAAUUGGUGGACAGCAACCAGAUGACCUUCUAUGACUGCAAAGAUGAAAAGGUGGGGAAGGAAGCAGCCCCUCUACCUGAGAAGCCGAAUGAGGGUACCAACAUGGUGAUAAAAACAUCCGAAUCGAGUGAGUUCAUAAAAAAAACGGAAAAGGAAUUAUACUCCGUUUUAUAUUCCAAAAGUAGUGAAAGCACAGCAAGUGGUGCAAAUACAGAUUUUGUUCUAUGUCUGAAAAAUGAACAGGGAGAAGAGAGGUAUCUCAAAGUGAUUGGAGAAAUUAAGGUGAAGAGAAAUGCCAUUUUGUCAGACAUAAAACAUAACAUAGAUUUAAAACUGCUUGACAAAUCCAUUGAGCUUACAACUCUUAAUAAGAUAAACUAUUUAAAAUGUGAGUCUCUUUCUAAAGGGAAAUAUUCGAUUCGUUUAAAUGCCUUUUCCGAUAAACUGGAUGAAACAAAGUUUGGUGAAUUUUCAGCCCUGCACCUGGACUAUAUUGAUAACACAAAUUUUUCCCAUUUGGACACAUUGGAGCCGCUUGAGUUGAAGAAAAUGCUAUUUAUAAAGUACGACGAGUAA